AUGGCCGCUAAAAGUAUCAGCAAUGACCGUUGCAGGUCCAGCGCUUCGGCUUAUAACUCUGAGUUUGAAGAAACCUCUCGUGGCCGUCAGUAUUCUAAUUUUGGACGGAGCCAUUUAAACUGCAAGCGCCAUUACGAGUAUCAAAAACCGCGCUUCCAGAAGAGAUACCAAUCGUUUCCACGCCAGUCUCGAUAGAGUUCCAGUACAUCGACCAAGCAGAAGUGAUUUCCCAAACUUCAUGCGUCUAUCCUCAGGUAGGUGGACGUUUAGCAAAGGUUUGAUCGUUUCUAAAUAAUUUUACUACUGAUAGUUGGGUUUUACCGACGGUGAGCGGCUACAAGAUUUCGAUUUUCAUCUGAGGAAACAGAGUCAAUUGACCUUGACGUUCAUACGUUGUUACAGAAAGGUGCCAUUAGGGAUGCUGUGCCUCAACACAAACAGUUCCUUUCUAAUUUGUUUGUUAUUCCAAAGAAGAUUGGCGACUUAAGACCUGUCAUCAAUAAAAAAACCAGAAUGAAUUUGUUCAAUAGCAUUAUUUUAAGAAGGAGGGGUUGAAUUCACUUCUAGAUUACUUGUCGGGAUCCGAAUUUCUUACAGCCAUUGAGAUCAAGGAUGCUUUCGUUGGUCCCAAGGGAUUUCACCAACGUAAUGAAGCCUUUUGUGUGGGCUGUUUGUAACAAAGGAAUAAGAUUAGUUAUAUAUCUUGAUGACAUACUUGUCGUCAGCUCAUCUCGUGAAAUUUUCUGCCGAGGAAACUACAACUGUUAUUCAUAUUCUAGAGUCAUUGGGUUUUAUUGUUAACAAAGAAAAAUCCCAGCUUGUCCCUUAGCAGAGACCUGAAUUUCCAACUUUUGUCAUAAGUACUGUGAAUAUGGUUGUCUCUUCCAGAAAGGAAGAUAAAUAAUCCGGUAGACCAUGCUACCUUUCUCCGAGAAAAAAAACCAUCGCUCAAUUCGGGAGUUAGAUCAUUUUAUUGGUUUAGUUGUUUCUUCCUUUCCGGCAGUUAAACCGGUAAGGCUCUACUACCGUGAGCUUGAGGUCUGUAAAUUAGAUGCUGUAAGUGCUAAUGAUGAAGAUUACAACUCAAUUAUUUGUUCAUCAAAGAAAACGAAUGCGGGCCUAGAUUGGUUUAUUUUAAGUGGUCACUUCUAUAAUUCGACUAGCCUUGAGAAACCGUCAACAGUCAGUACUUUAAUUACUGAUGCCUUCAAAUCAGAAUGGGGUGUUGUCUGUAAUGGAGUUUCAUCUAGUGGUUUGUGGUCCAAAACAGUGCUGGUAUAGCAUAUAUUUACAAUUUGGAAGGAAUAGUUCCUACUUUGCAUGCAUUGGCAUAAUCUACUUGGGAGUGGUUCCUUGCACGCCAUUGUUUAUUGCAGGCACAUCAUAUUCCGGGAAGCUCUAAUGCCAGAGCAGAUUAUUUGUCUAAGAGUCAUAAUCAAAAUAUUGAGUGGAAAUUGCAUCCUACAGUGUUUCUAUGGGUCUCGCAAUCAUUGUUUGUUCCAGACAGAUUUAUUUGCCUCUCGCCUAAAUUUUGAGACAAAGAGCUAUGUUUCUUGGUUCCCGGACCCAGAUGCCUUGGCGGUUGAUGCCUUUUGAUUACAUUGGAAGAUUUUAAACUUUACGUUUGUCCUUCUUUCAGUCUCCUCGGGAGAGUUCCUCGAAAGCUCAAGUUGGAGGAAGUUUCAGAUGCUUUAAUCAUAGCACCCUGUUUGCCAACAGCUCAUUGGUAUCCUCAACUUCCGGAGUUGCUAGUUCAACGCCCUGCCCUUCUACCUCAAUGCGAAACUCCUACCCUUGCCUCAGGAAGACGUUCUACUUCCUCUCGGGGAAAUGAUACGACUAACUGCGUGGCAUGUAACCGAGAUAGCCUGGAGGUCAGAGGAAUUUCUCAGAGGGCAGCCAAUUAUGUGCUCAAGCCCUGGUGA